GGUUGAGAAAGAGCAAAAGCAAAGGAAGAGAAAAACAAUGAGGUCCCUAAUGGCCUCUUCUCUCAUCCUUGCAUUGGCAAUGCUUUCUUCCCUAAGCUUGCAAAUCUCCGCUGAUAACUACCUCUAUUCAUCACCCCCACCACCCAAGUCUCCGCCGUACCAUUAUUCCUCCCCUCCUCCGCCGCCUAAGAAGGCACCUUACUACUAUCACUCUCCACCACCACCCCCUAAGAAGCCUUACUACUAUCAUUCUCCACCACCACCGGUGCCUUCACCUCCACCACCCUACUACUACCAUUCUCCACCUCCGCCGGUGUCUUCACCACCACCACCUAAGAAGCCUUACUACUACCAUUCUCCACCUCCUCCACCAAAGAAGCCUUACAAGUACUCAUCACCGCCGCCGCCGCCAUACCAUUACUCAUCUCCUCCACCACCACCAAAGAAACCCUACAAGUACUCAUCACCACCACCACCGCCUUAUAAGUACCCGUCUCCACCUCCACCGGUUCACCCUGCUCCCUACAUUCCUCACCCGGUUUACCACUCUCCUCCACCGCCCUACAAGAAGCCUUACAAGUACUCAUCUCCACCACCACCGCCAUACAAGUAUCAGUCUCCACCACCACCACCACACUACGUUUAUGCAUCUCCUCCCCCUCCUUACCACUAUUAGAUAACUUAGUUUAGCACUCUUGGGUAUGAGGAGAGAAUAUAUAAAUAUGUGAAAAUAAAGAAAGCGAUAGAUGGGGAUUGAAGAGGAAUGAAUGAAUGAAGAACACACAAGAAGAGAAGAAGAUUAUUAUGCAAUUGCAAUGGAAGCAAAGUUUCCGCGUUUUGGCUUUCGCAUAAUAAUAACAAAUAAUAUAAGGCGUUAGUUUUAUUAUAUGUUUCUAUCAUAGGAUUGGGUCAAGUCAUUUUCUAUGCUUUUGUUUAAUUUACGAAUUAUGCUUUGUAUUUUUCUAUUUUGACAGUUGUAAAGCACUGCUGCUUAUUAUAUAUAUAAAAUUAUGGAUGAUGUAUGAUGGUCCAUGCACGCUUUCCUGUUACCCAAUAGUACAAAUGCAUGCAUUGUAGUUUUCAACCUCUGCUGCAUUUUGCAGGGGGUUGAAAAACUAAUUAUAUGUCAAAAUUAAAUAAAAUCUAUUCUUCCA